UUGACGCCAUUUUACAGGCGAAAUUGUGUGUGUGACGCGUUGUUGUAUUGAAACAAAAAGCGCUGAAAAUCCAUUUUCCGCGAGUGUUAAAGGGCGGAAAAGCGAAAGGAGCGACUAGAGAAGAUGUCGCAACGCUUCGCACCUGGCCAAGCGCCGGUGCAAUCGCGCUACCAGCCACCGCCGCCGGCGCCCGGCAUGCGUCCCUAUCCGCCGCCAGGCGCCACUUUUCCGCCCCGUGGUUUUCCCCUGCACCCGAACACCACGCAACCGGUGCCGGGCACAGCGAACGUGGCCGGAGUGCCGGGCGGAGUUCCCGGUGUGCCCGGCGUUCCGGGGCCUUCGCUUCUGCAGCGCGCCGCCCAGCAGCCGGCCUUCCAGAGCGGCCUGCGCGGCACGGGCGCCGCCGGCGGUGGCGUGGGCUCCGGCGGAGGCAGCAAGCGGUCCAACGAGUCGCGCAGCCUGGGCGGCGGCGGCGGUGGAGGCGGCGGCGGCGGCGGGAAGGGCGACUUCGUGAGCGCCAAGAAGAAAAAGAAGCUGGCGGACAAGAUACUGCCGCAGAAGGUGCGCGAUCUGGUGCCCGAGUCGCAGGCGUACAUGGAUCUGCUGACGUUCGAGCGGAAGCUGGACGCCACCAUCAUGCGCAAGCGCCUGGACAUCCAGGAGGCGCUCAAGCGACCGAUGAAGCAGAAGCGCAAGCUGCGCAUCUUCAUCUCGAACACAUUCUAUCCCAGCAAGGAGCCGACCAACGAUGGCGAGGAGGGCGCCGUCGCCUCGUGGGAGCUGCGCGUGGAGGGACGGCUCCUGGAGGAUGGGAAGGGCGAUCCCAAUACAAAGAUCAAGCGCAAGUUCUCGUCGUUCUUCAAGUCGCUGGUCAUCGAGCUGGACAAGGAGCUGUACGGGCCGGACAACCAUCUGGUCGAGUGGCAUCGCACCCACACCACCCAGGAGACGGACGGGUUCCAGGUGAAGCGGCCGGGCGACCGCAAUGUGCGCUGCACCAUCCUCCUGCUGCUCGACUACCAGCCGCUGCAGUUCAAGCUGGAUCCGCGCCUAGCGCGCCUGCUGGGCGUGCACACGCAGACGCGGCCGGUGAUUAUCUCCGCCCUGUGGCAGUACAUCAAGACGCACAAGCUGCAGGAUGCCCACGAGCGGGAGUACAUCAAUUGCGACAAGUAUCUGGAGCAGAUAUUCAGCUGCCAGCGCAUGAAGUUCGCCGAGAUACCGCAACGCCUCAAUCCGCUGCUCCAUCCGCCAGAUCCGAUUGUAAUCAAUCACUUUAUCGAGAGCGGUGCGGAGAACAAGCAGACCGCCUGCUAUGACAUCGAUGUGGAGGUCGAUGACACGCUCAAGAACCAGAUGAACAGCUUCCUGAUGAGCACCGCCAGCCAGCAGGAGAUCCAGGGGCUGGACACGAAGAUCCACGAGACGGUGGACACCAUUAACCAGAUGAAGACGAACAGGGAGUUCUUCCUGAGCUUCGCCAAGGAUCCGCAGAUGUUUAUCCACCGCUGGAUCAUCAGUCAGACGAGGGAUUUGAAGCUCAUGACCGAUGUGGUGGGCAAUCCGGAGGAGGAGCGCCGCGCCGAGUUCUACUACCAGCCGUGGACGCACGAGGCCGUUUCGCGCUACUUCUUCACCAAGGUCAACCAGAAGCGGGCCGAGCUGGAGCAGGCGCUGGGCAUCCGCAACGGCUAGAAGGAGCCAGCAGUCAACUCGUGGAAGCGGCAAACUCUUUUUCCUUCGCCAGUUUAGUUUAAGCUUAAAAUACAUCCCUUUUUUCGUCGUCCCCAAGAAAUACACACGCAUCCAGCACAAAUAUUGGACUUAACAGUAGGCUAAUAAAGUGGCAUACGCAUAUAAAAAGCAAAA